GCAAUGGAGACUGUUCCCAUAUAUAGCAGCAACAUAUGCACUGGAUAACUUCACCAAAACGUUCUACAGCUUGUUUGUCAAGUUUCGUAUGGAAAUGGUUGAUGCUUCUGACAAAGGCAGAGUUGCUCUGUAUGGCCAAGAAGUACAUGGAUUGUCAUCUGCUGGAAAGCCCAUAUCUAGCUGGAUAGCACGAGAUGGUAUACAGGAGUGCCGGGAAGCAUGUGGUGGUCAUGGCUACCUGAGGUGUUCUGGACUGAUUUACCUGCGUAAUGACAAUGAUGCUAGUUGCACUUACGAGGGUGAUAAUAAUGUUUUACUACAGCAGACUAGCAAUUGGCUCCUAGGUGUAUGGAAGUCUCACUCAGAGAAGUCUGUAGCUCAUCCCAUGGGCACUGUUGACUACUUUGAUCAAGGGCAACACAUUCUAGGGCAGUCAUGGAUGACUUCCCCAAUUAAUGAAUCUUCUACCAAUCAGGGUAAAGUAAUCCAUUUCCCAAUAUUUAUGAUUUUCAUUGAUAUGCAUUUUAUAGUAUAUGUAGCUAAAGUAUUGUUUUUGUAAAUGUGUGUUUUGAUC